AUGACGACACGUAAUAUGCAAUCUCGUCUGAUCUGGAUUGACUGUGAAAUGACCGGUCUUGACGUUAACCAUGCAACGUUAGUGGAAAUUGCUUGUAUAAUUACAGAUGGAGACCUUCAAGUAACUAUUUCGACACUUAAUGCCAUAAUUGUUGCAGAGGGACCCGAUUUGGUCAUUAAUCAACCUGGUUAUGUUCUUGAUAGGAUGAAUCAGUGGUGUAAAAACACUUUUGAUAAAAAUGGACUCUUGAACGCAAUAAAGUCAAGUAGAAUUUCAAUGGAGUCGGCCGAAAAAAAGAUGUUGGCAUUUGUGGAGCAGCAUACGAAUGCUGGAGAGUGUCCCCUGGCUGGUAACUCAGUUUCGGUUGAUCGUCAGUUCAUAAAGAAGUAUAUGCCUAAACUUGCUCGGCAUUUACAUUAUCGGACUGUCGACGUUAGCUCUGUUAAAGAAAUCGCUAAAAGAUGGUACCCAGAAAAGUUCGCGUCGAUGCCGCAAAAGAAGGAGGCUCACCUAGCCUUAAGCGAUAUUAAAGAAAGCAUAGAAGAACUGAAAUGGUAUAGAGCCAACAUCUUUGUUUGA